GAGCGACUCGCGCCGGGGCUCAGCCGCGGGCAGGCACCCGAGGGCACCACUGGCUCGGCCCUGGAAGGGGCCCGGCACCGCAGCCCCCCCGAGCUCGGAGAGGGAUGCGUUGCUUCCUGAGGGCAAGAUAGCUUCGGAUCGCGGCGCUGCAUACGUGAUGAUGGAUGAACCGUGGUGGGAAGGACGCGUCGCUUCGGACAUCCACUGCACCCUGCGCGAGAAGGAACUGAAGCUGCCCGCCUUCCGAGCCCACUCUCCGCUCCUGAAGAGCCGUCGGUUCUUUGUCGACAUCUUGACCCUGCUGAGCAGCCACUGUCAGCUGUGCCCCACAGCCCGGCACCUGGCUGUCUACCUACUGGACCACUUCAUGGAUCGUUAUAACAUCUCCACCUCCAAGCACCUGUACACUGUGGCGGUCUCCUGCCUCCUGCUCGCAAGUAAGUUCGAGGAUAGGGAAGACCAUGUACCCAAGUUGGAGCAGAUAAACAGCACACGGAUCUUGAGCAGCCAGAAUUUCACCCUCACCAAGAAGGAGCUGCUGGGCACAGAGCUGCUGCUCCUAGAGGCCUUUGGCUGGAACCUCUGCCUGCCCACACCUGCCCACUUCCUGGACUACUACCUUUUGGCCUCUGUCAGCCAGAAGGACCACCACUGCCACAGCUGGCCCACCACCUGCCCCCGCAAGACCAAAGAGUGCCUCAAGGAGUAUGCCCACUACUUCCUAGAGGUCACCUUGCAAGACCAUGUUUUCUAUAAGUUCCAGCCAUCUGUGGUUGCUGCAGCCUGUGUCGGGGCCUCUAGGAUCUGCCUGCAGCUUUCUCCUUACUGGACCCAAGACCUGCAGAGGAUCUCCCACUACUCCCUGGAGCAUCUUAGCAUGUGCAUAGAAAUCCUGCUGGUAGCUUAUGACAAUGUCCUCAAGGAUGCCGUUGCAGUCAAGAGCCAGGCCUUGGCCAUGGUGCCUGGCACACCUCUGGCCCCCACCCAAGUGCUCUUCCAGCCACCCACCUACCCUACCCUCAGCCAGCCACCAGCAGUCUUGGCCCCGUUCCAGACACCUGUGCAAGACCUGUGCUUGGCCUACCGGGACUCACUACAGGCCCAGCGCCCUGGGAGUUUACUCUCAGGGAACACGGGCUCAUCCCUACAUGCCUCAUACCCUGCCCUUCAGCCCCUGGAUGUGUGUCCCAUGCCCCUGCCAACAUCCCUCAGCAUGCAAAUGGCCAUCACCGCUGAGCCCAGGCAUUGCCUCACUGCCACCUAUGGGAGCAGCUACUUCAGUGGGAGCCACGUGUUUCCCACAGGCUGUUUUGACAGAUAG